ACUGCCAGGGGACCUGGGCACCCCGGCGCCUCUGGAGGGUGCAGCGGGGUGUAGGCAAGGGCAGGGGGAGUGGGCGAAGCUGUGGUUGGUGCCUGAAAUCUGUGCGUUGCCCCUUUAAUUGUGUCCCCAGCCCUCGGGCGUUUCUGUCCAACGCCCACGUCAGCAAAUACCUUUUGUUUCUCUCACGUUGGGGCUACUUGUUUUAGGGCGCAAAGGAGCGGCUUCGAAAGUGGGUAUUUCCCCUGCCGAGGACCAGGAAUCGCCCCCGAGCCCGCGCGCGCGACCCGCCGGUGCGCCGCGGCCCGCGGACAAUCCUUCAUAUACAGAGUGUGUUUGACUUGGAAUCUUCCCUUUUUUACUCCACUCAAUUGACUUAGCAGGGUUUCAAGAGCAGCGUUCGUAAAUUUUCAGAAUGGAGAUCUCCUCUCACCAGUCCCACCUCCUGCAGCAACUGAAUGAGCAGCGCAGGCAAGAUGUCUUUUGUGAUUGCAGCAUUCUGGUUGAAGGAAAGGUCUUCAAAGCGCAUCGAAACGUAUUAUUUGCCAGCAGCGGCUACUUCAAAAUGCUCCUUUCUCAGAAUUCAAAGGAGACAAGUCAGCCAACCACAGCCACAUUUCAGGCCUUCUCCCCUGACACUUUUACAGUUAUCCUGGACUUCGUCUAUUCCGGCAAACUCUCUCUCACUGGUCAGAACGUCAUAGAAGUGAUGUCAGCCGCUAGCUUCCUUCAGAUGACUGAUGUCAUUAGUGUAUGUAAGACCUUUAUUAAAUCUUCGCUAGACAUUAGUGAGAAAGAAAAAGAUCGCUAUUUCAGUCUCUCCGAUAAAGAUGCCAAUUCUAAUGGUAUAGAACGUUCCUCCUUUUAUAGCAGUGGCUGGCAAGAAGAAAGCAGUUCUCCGCAUUCUCAUUUAAGCUCAGAUCAAGGAACAGGUAUAAUAAGUGGAAAAUCUUGGAGUAAGUAUAAUUACCAUCCAGCCUCCCAACGGAAUACUCAACAGCCUUUGACCAAGCAUGAACAAAGGAAAGAUUCCAUUAAAAAGUCCAAACAUUUGAGGUUGUCACAGCCUUCUGAAGUUGCCCCUUACAAGUCAAGCAAACGAGAAGCACGAACAUCAGAUUCUUCCGGCCACAUUUCCCAAUCUGAAGAACAAGCACAAAUUGAUGCUGACAUGGACUCUACUCCUGCUGGCUAUCCGUAUGGUCCAGGAUCUGAUGUCACAUCCAGAAGCUUUCCAGAUGAUCUGCCCCGGAUGCGGUUCAAGUGCCCAUACUGCACACACGUGGUGAAGCGGAAGGCGGACCUGAAGCGUCACCUUCGCUGCCACACGGGAGAAAGGCCCUAUCCCUGUCAAGCCUGUGGGAAAAGAUUUAGCAGGCUGGACCACCUCAGUAGCCAUUUCCGAACAAUUCACCAGGCAUGCAAAUUAAUCUGCAGAAAAUGCAAACGCCACGUGACUGAUCUAACAGGGCAAGUGGUCCAGGAAGGAACCAGGCGCUACAGACUCUGUAAUGAGUGCCUCGCUGAAGUGGGCAUAGACAGCCUCCCCAUUGAUUUGGAAGCUGAACAGCAUCUUAUGUCCCCAUCAGAUGGAGAUAAAGAUUCCAGAUGGCACUUGAGUGAAGAUGAGAAUAGAUCAUACGUGGAGAUUGUAGAGGAUGGGUCUGCUGAUCUGGUCAUACAACAGGUUGAUGAUAGUGAAGAAGAAGAAGAGAAGGAGAUAAAGCCCAACAUUAGGUAGCUAACAUGUGAACCAACAGAGCUGGCAUGUCUGCAACUUACGCUGACUUCCUGUAUCUCUCUCUUUCCAUGGUCAGAGUCUGGCUCACAAAGGUAUCAGACUGACUUAAAAGUGAUGACCUAAUAUAACUUGCAUGCUUUCCGAACAGGUCAUGGUAUCCAUUCUGAACUUUGUUGCCCUAAAAUACGUUGCUGCACUGGAAAGAAAGACCUAGCUUGAGUUGGCAUGAUGGAUGAACAAUUAAUCCUCUUCCUUUUAUUACAGAGAUACCUUUUUUCUUUUAAUAUUGAAAGAUCUACUUAGCAAACUUUUCUCAAAGAAAAUAUUUUAAAUAAAUUUACCACAACCAGACUUUAUAGUAAGAUAAUUUCAAGGUGUUUCAAAAACACAAACUACGAAUAUUGAAUUUUCACAAGGAACCAGGUAAGAGCACAUUUAAGGGUCUGGCACCCUUAUCUGACUGAAUUAUAAGUCUUUCUAUCAAUUUCAGAUCUAAAACAACCUUUCAGUAUCCCAAUAUCCUAGAUAUUGUUUUAGGAUUAUGGCAGACAAAUCUAAAAUGUGUGAAACUGUUCAUAUUUGAAUUUUUUGUCAUUAAGGUAAAGAUGACUCUUAUGUAGUCAGUAUUGUUUAAAACAAAACAAAACAAAACCUAAAAUAGAGGCAGACCAGAGAUUACAUACAGACAUCAUCUUCUAAAGCAGGAAACAAAUACUGCCUAAAAGUCAAGGUAGUUUGUGAAGAUCUGUCAAUAUAAUUCUCUUCCUCUCUAAAGGAAAACAAAGAACCAAAAAAUGAUGAACAAGAAAAUUGGAGGUUACCAGUUCUCAAGAGUAAUUUCUAACAUUUAUUGUUCUGCUAUAUUAUUUCUAAAGUGCUCUCUCACACAUUUUCUCACUUAGUCAGCAAGGUAGAUAUUAUUGUCUCUAAUUUACAAGUGAGGAAAUUAAUCAGAAAGCUUAAGUGGCGGGACUGGUGAUGGACAGGUCUUGAUUUUAAACAGCCCUCUUUCAACUGUCCCCGUAUUGUCUCCUGAAAUGGCAAAGAAUUGAAGUCAAACCUCACCAAUCUGCAGUAAUUAGAAAAAAAGCCUAUUCAAAUUAGAAAGUAUAAAAGGAGAACUUAAUAAGCUUCAACAACACAUAAUAACUUGGACUAGAGUUACCCAAGAGUGCUCAGUGAUGUCCCUCCAGUGUCUACUGACUGUUUUUAAUGUCAGGUUAUUUAUAUGUAAAUGUUAUGUAUAACACUCUUUGAACAAGUUAUUUCCUACAUGCUUUAAGCAUUUUUCUUAUCUUGUUUAUAUCAUUUUUCAAAACAAACUUUUCUCCUAGGAUAUAAAGAUGUGUUUAAACUCCUCCCCUGUAAGGGGUGCCUGACUGCGACUCUUGAUCUUGGGAGUUGUAAGUUUGAGCCCAAGUUGGGGGUUGUAAGUUUGAGCCCAAGUUGGGUGUAGAGGUUACUUAAAAAAAAAUUUUUUUUAAUAAAAUAAACUCCUCCCCUAUAUGAAUUAUGAAACAUUCUAAAAGUAAAGUUCAAUCAGAGGAGCAUUAUUUUAGUUCUGAAGAUAAAAUCCGAAUCCCAGAAGAACCGACCUUACUGAAGAUUGCUUCAAAUUAUUACAGUUAAGCUUGAUAUAAUUUAAUUUUGAUAGAGGCUCCAUGUAUUAUACUGUAUUUCUAAAUGUCAUGACAUCCCUCAAGAUGAUACUUUUCAUUUUAUUUUUUCUCUUAUUCUUUAAUUCCUGAUUGUCCUUGAUACCAACUGGAGGGCUGAAAUGGUUAAUUUCUAAAACAUUUUUUACAAAUAGAAUGAACAACCAUUUGUUUUUGUUUUAUGGUACUUAAUGCUGAGACCUUGCCAAGAUUCCCCUGAUGGUAAAUUUCCAGUAGCUUCAAGACUGGAUGGCACGCACCGAGUUCACUGUUCUCCCAGCAUGACUGUUCCUGAAUCAGGAGUCUUAACAAUUAAGUUGUAUCCAAAGGAGGGAGGGAACACUUUGUCAUUCUUUAGUCUCACCAGAUGGUAACAUCUUUUAAGAUUAUUAUCUGAUUUUUAGUCCUUGGAGCCAAUAGGAAAAAUGAGUGAUUGGAGCUUUACUCAUGAGAAUGAAGUAGUGCAUGUGUAUGCUCUAACGCACUUUAGUCUGUGAUCUAACUGUUCUCUUAACGCUUCUGCAUGCAAACAUCAGCAUGAACGUCAGCAAAGUCCACGGAACACCCUGCCACCAGCACCUAGACAGCCUUAUCUGAAAUAAUGCUUUCUCAUUGUUUAUAACAAGCAUCAAGCUCUCGCCACAAAACCGCCAUCAAGUUCGUCAAACUAGACAGUGUAUCUGUUCUACCAUUUUAGUAUCAUAAAAGAAGAACAUCUGUGACGUUUGUAAGUUGUAAAUAAUAACUCCAGUUAUCAUAUCAUAUGUAUCUAAGACUAGAGACCGAUUCUUUCCUAGGGUGAGACUGUCAAAUCAAUGGUUUCUGAGAAAACAAAAUUCUUUGGCUUUUAAAUGUGGGAAAAUGUUAUAUAGGGGUAUAAUCUGUUAAUAUAAGCUUUAUUUAUGCCAAGGAUUUUUUUUUUUAAUAUUAGCAAAACAGUGGGAGUUGGUUAGAACAAAGUUUGCUCUUACAGUAAUGCUGUUGAUCAGCUUCUGAACGCCCUUCUAACUCUGGUCCUCAAGAGUGUGUGGUGAUGGGAAGAAGUUUUGCAAAAUAAAGCAACAUUGCAGUCAUGCCUAGUGGCUGGAGGAAGCAAAAUGGCCUGGAUCAGUGGUUUAAGAGAUUUUUUUUUUCCACCCAAGAAGCCCUUUCUUCAAACCCUUUCAUAGAGAAUCUCACCAUUUAAGGGAGAAACUCUAAAAUCAGAGCUGCUCUUGUUAUAGCCUCCUACUAGCUUUCACCAGACACCUCUGCAGAACUCGGGAGGGCAGCACUGAAAACCUUGGAACAGGAGAGGUUUUUGAAUUCCCUUUGAGCAUUGGGGUCUCACUUCAUUACCUCUAUUACUCACUGUGCUUACAAGCUGGUAAUCAGAGGGUCUUCUAGAGCAGCAGAUCACAUCCUUAGUCUAUAGAAUGUUCCGUCUAUAGUUAUCAUGUCUCAAGACUUCUGAAAAACAUUUUUCAACAGUGUAUUUUUGAGUAAUAGAAUCAAAACAAACAUAGUAACUGCUCUUAUGCUAUGAAGUUACUGCUUAAUGGGUGAAGAAAGUUUGGUGUGUCAAUUACUUAAGAGCUCAGAACUGAAUUCAUUAUUUUGCAAAGUCAUGUUAAGAUACAUUGAAAUUUCCACUCAUAUUGGAUAUAUAUGUGUGUGUGUGUAUAUAUAUAUAUAUCCUAAAUUAAUUAAUACUGUGGAAAUUUAAUACUAUGGAAAAUCACUAAAAGCAAUAUAGUGUAAGAUGUAUUUAACUGGGAGGGGUGAUGAUAGGUACUGGAGGACCAAACUUUAGAUUAUAAAUGUUAUUUUAUAUUAGAGUGGAUCAGUAUUACUAUUUAUCAUUUAUAUAGCAUUUUAUAUUUGCAAAGUAUUUAAUAAUUUUUAUGUUAUUCUUUACAUAUCUAUGAAAUAGGACAGUUAUCUCACAUGAAAGGUAAAGAAAUUGAGGCACAGAACAGUAAAGCAACCUCCCUGAGGCAACCCAGUGAAACAAUGGCAAAAA